GCCGCCUCGGAGUUGCUCCUUCUUCGAAUGGCAAUGCAGCUCCCACGAGCGCUCACCUCCCACGUCUGUUUCCACCACAUCCUUCUCCUCCUGUUGCUUCAGCCUCUUCUCCUGCGUCGCACAGCUUCAGCAACCGAACCCGAUCGGGUCGCCCUGCUUGCCUUCAGGGCGGCCAUCACCAAAGACCCCAGCGGCAUCUUGCACUCGUGGAACAACAGUCGCCACUUCUGCCGAUGGUCGGGCGUGACAUGCGACGAUCCCGACCACCGUGAGAGGGUCACCACCUUGGCCUUGGAAUUCAUGAGCCUCCGAGGGGUCAUCUCCCCUUCCAUCGGCAACCUUACCUACCUUGGCUACCUGCUACUCUCAAACAAUAGCUUUUAUGGUGAGAUACCCCCGGAGAUCAGUCGUUUGGCCCAGCUCAAGGACCUCAAUCUGAGCUACAACGCCUUGAACGGCACCGUUCCUGUUAGUCUUGGCCUCUGCACCAACCUCCUAGGCAUCGACUUCACUGGCAAUCUCAUCUCUGGAAACAUUCCCGCACAGCUCGGUUCUCUUCUUAAGCUUCUUGUGUUGAACCUCGGGCUUAACAAGCUCGUCGGCGACAUCACGCCUUUCCUGGGAAAUCUUUCGUCCCUCUUACAACUUGAUCUGUCGAGCAACAAGCUCACUGGAGAGAUACCAUCUUCCUUGGGAAAACUUUCCAAUCUCACCUAUCUUGAUCUCUCAGCCAACAUGAUAGUUGGUGGCAUACCGCCGUCACUUGGGAAACUCUCUUCCAUCGGCAUGCUCAAUCUCGCAGGCAAUGCCCUCAGUGGAGCCAUCCCACCGAAUAUGGCAAACCUCUUGACCCUUGGGUUUCUGGAUCUAUCAAACAACAGCCUUUCUGGAGAGAUUCCUCCAUUGUUGGGUAGAAUCGUUCCACUCCAGAUCCUCCUUCUCAACAAUAACAAUCUCACAGGAAGCUUGCCGAAUUCCUUGGGGAACCUUGCAUCUCUAAGUUACCUCGAUCUCUCUAAAAAUAGUCUCAGUGGGUCGAUUCCUCCCUCCAUCACAAACCUGUCAUCUCUUCAAGUUCUGGAUUUGUCAUUCAACAAUCUCGUAGGGAGACUUCCAGAGGAAAUAGGCCUUCUCACGAGCCUUGAGUUCUUCCAGGUGUCUGUGAAUGGACUCUCUGGGCCUGUUCCUUUAUCGCUCUAUAGCAUAUCUUCUCUGCAAACGCUGAGCAUGGCGUAUAACCAGCUGUCAGGGACACUCCCACUAGAUAUAGGCGACACUCUACCCAAUCUUAGCUUUCUCGGCAUGGCCAGCAACCGGCUCGAGGGACAAAUUCCAUGGUCAUUGGCUAACGCUACGUCGCUUCGACAAAUCGACCUCAGCCGCAACAAUUUCAGCGGUCGAAUUCCUGCCAACCUCGGGAACCUACCAUAUCUCAAGCAGGUUUCUCUAGGGAACAACAGCCUCGAAGCCAGAGACGCCGAAGACUGGGAGUUCAUCUCUUCCUUGACAAACUGCAGCCAACUGGAGGAACUAAGCCUGAUCGAAAAUGAUCUCGGAGGUGUGCUUCCCGCCUCCAUUGCCAAUCUCUCGAUCCAGCUCAAGAGCCUGACGCUCGGCCGCAACCAUAUCUCUGGAUCUUUUCCUCCCGGCAUCAGGAAUUUUGUCAACCUGGUUACGCUGAGUUUGAAUGAGAACCACUUCGCUGGGAGUAUUCCUGACUACCUCGGAGAACUCGUCAACCUGGAAGCUCUGAUCUUGUAUGGCAACAAGUUCUCGAGUAACAUCCCAUCCUCACUCGGCAAAUUGACUCGAUUGAAUGAGCUUGUAUUGUUCGACAACGACUUGGGAGGCAGCAUCCCGGUGAGUCUUGGGAAUUGCCAGAAUCUGAAUUUUUUAGAUCUCUCUGGCAAUCGCCUGAGCGGAUCCAUCCCAAUAGAAGUGCUUAGCAUCGGAUCCUUGUCGAGCUAUCUCGACUUGUCCAACAAUCAAUUGAACGGAACUCUACCACCGGAGGUCGGCAAGUUGCGCAACAUGCCCUUUUUAUCUGUCGCCAUCAACAGGCUUUCGGGAGGCAUUCCAACGACUUUAGGUGAUUGUCAAGUGCUGGAGUCCCUCAAUUUGAGUAGAAAUUUCUUCCAAGGAAGCAUUCCUACAUCGCUGAGCAACCUGAAAGGCAUCAAAAGGUUGGAUCUUUCAUCCAAUAACUUGUCUGGUUCCUUCCCAGGUUUUCUAGCAGGCUUGCCUGACCUGCAACUUCUGAAUCUAUCUUUCAAUGAUCUCAACGGUGAAGUGCCGGUAGAUAAAAUUUUCGGCAAUUCUAGCGAGUUUUAUGUCGUCGGAAACCACAAACUCUGUGGGGGUAUCUCAAGUUUGCAUUUGCCUUCCUGCUCAACUCAGUCAUCCAAGAAGAACAGGUCGCUUAUUCUUGAAAUAACCUUGCCGAUCGUAGUUUUACUCUUACUAUUUGCUCUGUUUAUGACCUGCUGUUACGCGAGAAAGCACAAGAAACUUGGUUUACCUGCAAAAGUUUUAGAAAAUGUUCCAACAAGAUUGUCUUAUCUCGAGUUGAUGAAAGCAACCGAUGACUUCUCCUCCGAGAAUUUGAUUGGCGUUGGAAGCUACGGUUCGGUGUACAGAGGGGUUUUGGGUGAUGGCAAAACUCUCGUAGCGAUCAAGGUACUGAACCUGGUUCAGCGAGGCGCUUUCAAGGCUUUCGUCGCAGAGUGUGAAGCUUUAAGAAGCAUUCGACACCGAAACCUGGUCAAGAUCUUGACAACCUGCUCGAGUGUGGAUCUUAGAGGUAAUGAAUUCAGAGCUAUCGUGUUUGAUUUCAUGCCUAAUGGGAGCUUGGAGAGUUGGUUGCAUUCAGACACAGACAACAAGAUGUACUUCAAGCGAUUAGGUCUGCUUCGGAGACUUGACAUAGCAAUCGAUGUUGCUGCUGCGGUGAGCUAUCUUCAUGAUCACUGCGAGACGCCAAUCAUCCACUGUGAUCUGAAGCCAAGCAAUGUUCUUCUUGAUGGCGACAUGACUGGCCGUGUGGGAGAUUUUGGCCUAGCGAGAUUCCUCUCCAAUGGCACCGACCGAUAUCUAUCUUCUUCUGUAGCUAUGAAAGGUUCCAUUGGCUAUAUGGCUCCAGAAUACGGGAUGGGCGGGCAGGUUUCGACUCAUGCUGAUGUCUACAGCUACGGAGUGCUGCUGCUGGAGCUGUUCACCGGGAGGAGGCCUACCGACGACAUGUUUAAGGACGGUCUCACCCUCCAAAAGCACGUCGAGGGAGCCUUUACGAAGGGAGCUCAAGUCACCGGCAUUGCCGAUCCAUCACUAUUCUCAGACGAAGAAGAAGGUGAAGACACUUCUGUUCUCAGGACCGGAAGUCAAGCGAGUGAAAGGAUAACAAGAUGCUUAGAAUCGGUGCUCAUGGUUGGUCUCUGCUGUGCCAAGGAGUCGCCGAGAGAGCGCAUCACAAUCAAGGAUGCUGUGACCAGAGUAGAGACGAUCAAGAGUCUGCUGCACACCACCAAAAUGUAGUCUUGGAUUGGUAUUUACUGUCGUAGUUGUUAAGUUCAGAUCAUACGACACUUCAUGUUUAAUUCGCUUAUUUUGAGAAGGAGGGCAGUGUGUUUCUUCUGCUUCCUCUGUUCUGUCAGUUUAUGUUGUUAUUUCUGUACUCUAAGAAAUUAAAGAAUGUUAGUACGAAU